AUGCGGAACCUGAUAUACAAACUGCAGGACUCUCCCCAACGUGUCGUCAAUUGGGUAAGUGUCAAACUUCCACCCUUUUGGCCGAAGAAGAUGUGGAACUAUGGUUUUGCACAAGUCGAAGCUCAGUUUACCAUCGCCCAUGUUACACAGGAGAAUACAAGAUUUUGCAUACGCUUAAGAUGUCAAACUUCUGAUGCCUCUGUUCCUAGUGUGAAGACCCUCACCGAGUCUUCUCUAUUCCACGCUGUGCUUGCUGAGUUUCCUACCCUCACUCGUCCGGCUGGAACACCUCGUGAGGUGAAGCACAAUACAUUACACUUCAUCAAGACGACGCCUGGCCCUCCAAUCUCUUGCCGACCUCGCCUCGCCGUCUUGCACCUGAUCGCCUUAAAAUCACCAAAAGCGGCCAUCAUCUGUCACCCGGAAUCAAGCUGGCUCCAAGCCCUCCCUCUAGUCCUGCUUGUAUACGGAGAACCCUUACGUCUACCUGGAUCACUCCUUGCCAGCCCUCCGGGGUUGGGACGCAGUGAAGACAUCUCUGACCUUGUUGUCAGGCUGCAACGUCAAACAUCUCGCCUUCAACCUGUCUCUGGCUCAGCUCACAGCAAACCUCAGACAUUUGUCUUCCAGGAAUUAUCAACAUGCACUCAUGUUUUCUUACGUGACGAUACUGUGCGUCGAGCCCUGCAACCUCCCUACAGCGGACCUCACAAAGUGCUCAGCCGUGACGACAAAACUAUGACCAUCCAGAUCGCAGAUAGAAGCUCUAAAGUAAGCAUUGACAGAGUGAAGCCUGCUUACAUCCUACCUGACCCUUCCCCACAGCCUCAACCAAGAAGCGCCCACACACCGGUACCCAGCAUCGGUACACCUGCUGCAGACCCGGGACAACGCAACACCAGAGUAUGCUACCAGAUUUGGUCGCAAUGGUGCGUUUACGGCUUGAUCCCUGACUUCCAGUCUCCCUAG